AUGGAAGAAGGUACCUAUGAAGUACAUGGUGGUGGGGCAGAAAAUGUGCUUCCUCAAUAUGAUGAUGCUUUUGAUGGUGACCAUGAAAUGGAGGCUACUUGGGAAGAUGAAGAGUUACAUAGUAUGUCUGAAGGUGAUGAUGAUGAUGUUAUUGUGAGGAACAGGAGUAUGAGGUUUCAUGAUGAGGAUAUGAGGGCAGAAUUUAACUUUAGAGUAGGUAUGGAAUUUAUUUCAUUGGAAGAGUUUAAGGUUGCUGCUAAGGACCAUGCUGUUCUCACGGGAAGGGAGAUUUAUUUCCCCAAAAAUGACACAACCAGGGUUAGGGCUGCUUGCAAGAAGGAUUGUAAAUGGGUUAUGUUGUGUAGCAAAGUGGGUGGGAGACAAACUUUUGCAAUUAAGACAUUGAGUGGCCCUCAUACUUGUGCCAGAGUAUUCAACAAUAAGAAUGCUACUUCCAAAUUUGUUGCUAAGAAAUUGGUGGAGAAACUGAGGGGUUCAAGGACAAUGAGGCUCAAUGAUGUUGUUGAUGAGAUGAGGUUGGGUUUUUCCACUGGCAUCACAAGGUAUAGAGCUUGGAAGGGAAGACAGCUUGCUUUGCAGAUAGUUGAGGGAGAUGCAAGCAAACAAUACACAUUGCUAUAUAAAUUCAGUGCUGAACUGAGGAGGGUUUGUGCAGGAAAUACAUGCAAAAUGCAGUUGGAGAAUCCUGCUGGAAGCAUACAACCUAGGUUUGGCAGAUUCUAUAUGUGUCUAGAAGGUUGUAAGAGGGGAUUUCUUCAGGGUUGUAGACCCUUUAUUGGAUUAGAUGGUUGUCAUUUAAAGACAAUGUAUGGAGGUAUUCUCUUAUGUGCUGUAGCAAGGGAUCCUAAUGACCAAAACUUUCCCUUGGCUUUUGCUGUAGUGGAGUCAGAGUGCAAGGAAAGCUGGCAGUGGUUCCUUGAUCUGCUACUGCUUGAUAUUGGUCCAGAUAGAAGGUGGAUCUUCAUAUCUGACCAACAGAAGGGGCUACUGAGCUGUUUGGAGGGAUUUGAACACAGGUUUUGUUUGAGGCAUCUUUAUGCAAACUUCAAAAAGAGGUUUGGAGGUGGGGUUGUAAUUAGAAACAUUAUGAUGGCAGCAGCAAAGGCUACUUAUCGCCAGCAGUGGGAAGCAAAAAUGUUGGAGCUGAGGGAACAAAAUAAUGCAGCAUGGGAGUGGAUGAUGGGAAUACCUACCAGGACUUGGUGCAAGCAUGACUUCACCUUCUACCCCAAGUGUGAUGUGCUCAUGAACAACUUGUCAGAGUCAUUCAACUCCACAAUUCUAUUGGCAAGGGACAAGCCAAUUCUGACCAUGAUGGACUGGAUCAGAACAUACUUGAUGGGAAGGUUUGCAACCUUGAGGGAGAAGUUUCACAAGUAUAGAGGGGAGGUAAUGCCUAAGCCUUUGAGGAGGUUAGCAUGGGAGACUGAUAAGGCUUCUCAUUGGUUUCCAACAAUGUCCUCAGAAUGGAGGUUUGAAGUGAAGCACAUUGUAUUAGGUGAGGGAUUUGUGGUGGACUUGAGCAAAAGUUCAUGCACAUGCAAUCUGUUUGAUUUGGUUGGCAUACCAUGCAGGCAUGCAGUGGCUGCCAUAGCAUGUAAAAGGAUGAAACCAGAAGAUUUUGUGCAUCCAUACUAUAAGAGAGCUGCAUAUGAAGCUACAUAUGGGCAUGAGAUCACUCCUAUCAAUGGCCAAGAGUUAUGGCAGCCUACAAAUGACCCUGAGAUACUUCCUCCCAUAAAGAAGAGAGGGCCUGGAAGGCCUAAGAAGCUGAGAAGAAGGGACCCCUUUGAAGAUUUAGGUAGCACAAGACUCAGCAGGACUGUUGCUAAACACAAAUGCAGUAGGUGUGGUCAGCAUGGCCAUAAUUCAAGGAGAUGCCCAAAUCCAGUGGAGAGUCAAGAACCAGAAGCAGGACAAGGGUCUGAACCAGGACAAGAUCCAGUUGCAGCAGGACAAGGAUCUCAGCCAGUUGAAACACAAGAGGAUGCAUCUCAGGUCAUCAAUGCCACACAAGAUGCAAAUAUCCAGUUUGAUGAAAUACCUGCCAUGCUAAGGGAACAAUGGGAUCAAGACAUGGCAAGAUUGCACUAUGUUCAUGGAGCAGGGCCAUCUAAUGUUGGUGGUGGAAGUGGAUCUGCUGGUGGAUCUGCUGCUGUUCAAGAGGAGCCAUCUCAAGUUGUGCAGGCACUCCAAUCUCAAGUUGCUAAAUGAGAGGGUUGAAGGUUGUUGUGGU